AUGCCACUCCAUCAUGGCGUGCACCCGUCGACGCAUACGGCCAAGCACGACCACAGGGAGCAGGUGCCUUUGCGAGAGGAGCCUGAGGAGGCUGAGGAGCCCGACGAGUUCGACGAGUUCGACGAGUCCGACGUGCCCGGCGAGCCCGACGAGCCAAGAUCGCCCGCCAUGACGGCGGAACCCAUCGACGUCGCCGAUGCUCCUCCGCCCCCGCCGGAGGGGGAGUCGGAGAAGAAGCAAGAGGCAGUGUCGGAGAAGAAGCGGGAACGGGACCGGGACGUGGCCCUCGUGCCAGGCCAGGACGCCACCGCCUCCCACGAGGAAGCCGUGCACCAGCCGCUCGACUCGCGCGACACCUCCAUCUCCUUCGAGGAGUUCAUGUACUGGGCCGCCAUCACGCGCGCCGACGAGGAUGCGGCCAACAAGGCCUUCAGGGAGGCUCGCGGCCCCCGCACCUUCAAGUCCGUCAUCAAGAGCCGCUUCUCUCGGGCGCCCAAGGCCGAGCCGGCGGCGGAACCGGCCAACGAUGGCCUGAACUCGGUCCUCGACCGUGCUGAGGAAGAGGUCGUCAACGAGGAUCCCGAGUCCGUCGCCGUCUCCCACGGCGUCUCGGAGCAGGAGUGGAAGACGGCGAGUCGAGCGUUGCGGACGGCGAGCUGGGGUGCCGUCUUCUUCCUCAUCACCACCGACGUCCUCGGCCCCUUCUCGACCCCCUGGGCCUUUGCCCAGAUGGGCUACGGCCCCGGCAUCGCCCUCUACACCGUCUUUGGCGUCAUGGCCGGCUACUCCGGGUGGAUCAUCUGGCGAAGCUUCAGCGGCCUCGACUCGGAUCGCUUUCCCCUCCUGACCUACGGCGACCUCUUCUUCCGCCUCUUCGGUCAGGUCUCGCGCCACGUCGUCAACUUCAUGCUCGGCCUGCAGCUGCUCCUCAACGUCGCCGCCCUCAUCCUGAGCAACGGCCAGUCGAUUUCGCAAAUCUCCCAGGGCGACAACGACAGCAACGGCGACGGCAUCUGCUUCAUCGCCUGCCUGGCCAUCUUCACCGCCGCCGGCUGCAUCGUCGGCCAGAUCCGAACGCUGCAGCGGUUCGCCUGGAUCGCCAACUUUGCCGUCUGGAUCAACCUCAUCAUCAUCUUCCUCUGCAUGGGCGUCGUCGCCAACUAUCCGCCAAACUUCAAGGCCACCGAGGCCUCCUUCGGCCCCGAGUUCGGCCCCGGUCCGGUCCAGACCUUUGCCGGCACGCCCCCGGACGGCCUCUCCACCGGCGGUUCCGGCUUCGUCGGCUCCCUCAACGGCCUCAACCAGGCCGUCUACUCCUACGGCGGCUGCAUGGCCUUUGUCGCCUUCCUGUCGGAGAUGAGGCACCCGUGGGACUUUUGGAAGGCCCUCCUCUGCGGCGAGGUCUUCAUCUAUUGCGUCUACAUGUUCUUUGGCAUCUUCGUCUACUCGUACCAGGGUCAGUACUCGUUCAACCCCGUCAUGCAGGGGCUGUCGCCCUACGGCUUCCAGACGGCGGCGAACAUCCUGAACCUCAUCACCGGCCUCAUCGCCGCCGCGCUCUACGGCAACAUCGGCUUCAAGGUCAUCUACAUCGAGGUCUUCGAGGAGAUCUUCCACCUGCCUCCGCUGACGAAGCGCAUCGGCAAGAUCGCCUGGGCCGUCAUGAUUCCCGUCUACUGGGCGCUCGCCUUCAUCAUCGCCGCGACCAUCCCUCAGUUCAACUACAUCUCGGGCCUCGUCGGCGCCCUGUUCAUCCUGAGCUUCACCUACACCUUUCCCGCCCUCGUCGGCCUCGGCUUCUGGCUGCGGAAGGACGCCAUGACAGCCGAGGAGCGCUUCGACCCGAGCACGCGGCAGUACAACUACGUCGACACGGGCUUCGCCCGCUGGAAGCGCGCCUUCAUGAUGAAGCCGUGGUUCAACCUCUUCAACCUGUUUUACAUGCUCGGCAGCGUCGUCACCACGGUGCUGGGCGUCUAUUCGAGCGUCGAAGGACUCAUCGCCGCCUUUGACGGCAAGAGCUCGUCGACAAGCUUCGGGUGCACGCCGCCGGUGUAG